CUGAAAAGGUUACCCUAGCCAGCUGUGACAAGCACACUCCCAAGGAGCUUGCUGCUGAAGCGUGGCAUGCAAGGUGUUAAACACUCUCUUGUUACAACACACACACAGACAUGUGAGAUCCAGUGGGAGUGCUUUCUCCCAGCUCCACACUCAGGCUGUUUCCCGGAGAGGCUGUCAUUGACUCUCUGCUGUGCUUGCUGCGGUGUCACAUCAGCCAUGGCAAGCUGGUCACAGCCAGGAUAUCCCGUCCCCAGGAUUUAAAGAUGAGCGCCUAGCCGGCCGUCACAGGAAACUUUCCCCUUUGAGCUCGGAUGAGAAAAGCGAAAGACCGAAGCCGGCAAGAAACAUGAAGAAGAUCUUCUCCUGCUCCACGUCACAAGUCCCUGUGGGUAUUUAUAAUGCCACCUCCGCCGCUGUGGACAAAUGGAACCGACAUGACCAGAAGCUCUUUGAAGCGGUGGAGAAAGGAGAUGCUAAGAGAGUUUCAUCUGUUCUUGCCAAGAAGCCCAUCCGACCCACCAAGGCAAGCCCAAAAGGACAAUCUGCGUUCCACCUUGCCGCAUCCAAGGGCCACACCGACUGCCUAAACGCAAUUGUAUCCCACAAAGUAGAAAUCAACGCCAAAACCGAUGAUGGAUACACCGCUUUGCAUUUGGCGGCCAGCAACUGCCAUCCAGAUUGUGUCAAGCUUCUACUCCAGCGCGGUGCCCAUGAGGACUCCAUAGAUUUCCACAGCCAGACACCUUUACACUGUGCAGCUGCCUCUGGAUGUGUCUCCAGCGUGGUACUCCUGUGUGAUUCAGAAGACACCGUCCUCGAUGCUGCAGAUGAUGAUGGUCGAACCCCACUGAUGGUAGCAGCGGAGCGUAAUCACCCCACAGUUUGCUCUCUCCUUCUAGACCGUGGCGCUCAGGCUAAUCUGACCGACCGAGAAAACAAAACCGCCUUGAUAUUGGCAUGUGAGAAAAGCAACAUCCAGGCGGCAGAGGCGCUAACAGCAAAGGGAGCGGAUCCACGGCCUAAAGAUAACCGGGGCUGCGAUGCGCUGGCUUAUGCCACCCAGUCCAGAGAUGAGUCUCUCAGGAAACGGGUCCAGACUGCACUGGAUAGAAGGAAAAGUGAACGGGCAUCGGGUGAGUGUAACACAAAUCAUCUUGUACGCAUCCACAUACAUUCACAGACUAUCAUCCGGGAGCAGGAGUUGACAAACAUGUGGAAGAAGCGAUUUGAGGAAGAGCAGAAGAGGGGCCUUUGGCUUCAAGGAGACUUGAUGGUAAAAACCCAGGAACUGGAAAGUGCUUCAGAAGAGAGCGGACAGGAGAAGAUCAAGAUGAGGAAGAUGGUGGAGGAGCUGAAUGGUCUUCUUGAUGGGCAAACAGAAAGGCAAGGUGCUACAGGACAAGAAUUUUACACGUCGGACUUAUGUGGUCUUCUUAAUCGGGUAGUAGAGCAAGCGAAAAAAAAUAACGAACAUCAGCAAACGGAAAGAAAGCUACAGGAGGAAAAAAUAAAAAUGCUCACACAGCAAACUGCGGACAUUAAAGAACUCCAAGUGAAACACCAAGAAGAAGUGAAACAACUUCAAGAAGCAGCGACUGCUGCAAGAGAAAAUGAAGAUGGGGCACGUCAAAGAGUAGUGGAGUUGGAAGGUCAUCUGGAGAACAUGAGGGAGGUGCUGUCUCAAUUCGAGAAGAGGAAGAGGAUACAGAGUACUGUGGUGGAGGAUCUGCAGGAACAUAUCUCAGAGGUUAUUAAAGAAAAGGAGGAGCUGGAGAUGUUACUGAAAAACCUUCAGGAACAGGAAGAUACUAUGAAUGACCACAAGAAAGAGAGACCUCAUAAUGACCACAUCUUGGAGAAAACCAACAUCACUGUGUUGAAGGAAUUUCUACAGAAAUUGAGAACAGACUAUAGCAAUUUACAGAAUAAAACCUCAAGUUUGCAAGUUGGAAGUGAGAAUUUAAAGAGUUGCUCAGGUUUUGUGCCUGGGGACGUUUUAGAAAAAAAUGCAGGGAAUUUUAACAAGACUAUUACGGACAUGGAGAAAUAUCUUACUAGUAUCGAUAAAAGUCAGGUUAAUAUGGCUGUAAGUUUAUCAGAGAGACCUGAUUCAGGACUGGGUCUACCUGAAACUGUGGGUGAGCACAAGGAAAGACAUAAAAAUAUAAAUGGAGGACUUUAUCAUCAAUUAAUACAAAAGGUGGACUUAAACUUGCCUUAUUCCCAAAGUGGAUUUACACAUUCUUCUGGAGGCCAGGCAAACAAAACUGAAUGUAAAGCACUAGGAACUUCUCAUACUUUGAAUAUCGCAGCUACACCGGAAAUUAAGCACCCAAGCACCGACUACAAGGACAACAUUGAUUCAUUAAAAAAUAACAUUCAGGAGCUACAGGUUGAGUUGUCAGGUCUCAAAGUGUCGCAUGACCAAGUCAUCACGCAGAUGAACCUUAACAGUCAGGAGAAGCAGAACUUAGAAGAAGGUAUUCUUGCCCUGCAGGAACGUCUCCAGGGAGAGUAUGCUUCGAGGCAAGAAAUGGAUGCUCAAUGCAAUGACUACAAGCAACAAAUUCUUCUCUUGACAGAUGAACUGGUGGCAGAACGACGAAAGCUCCAUCAGCUGAAUUUAAGACUUGCAGCCCAGGAGAAUGAAAUGCUUACAUUGAGAGACAGUUUCCCUCCUGAAAUACUGAAAGAGGAACACAUGAAUCGAGGGGAGAUGUUCAAAUCGGACAUUUUGGAGGAGCUGUACUGGAACGUAGGCACUCUAGUAAUGAAAUAUAGUGAGGUCUUGAAGCAGAAGGAAGCAUUACAAAAAGACAAUCAACAGCUCAUAGAAAGUCAGACUCAGAUUAUACCAAUAACCGAGCACAACAAUAUACUUAAUGAAGUAACAAACAAAUUGGACACACAGGUCAAAGAAACAGAAAUGCUGAAGCAGAAACUCUUCCAAGCCAUGGGGAAUAUUGUAGAGCUAAGGGAUCAACUUGAGAAUCAAGCCGCAAACUCCAUAACCAUAGAAGAACAUGGAAAGGAGGUGGCAAGUAUGGAAAAAAUAGUGGCAUCUAUAAGGGAAGAGAAUCAAGCGUGUAAACUUGAGCUAGAAAAGAAAAAUGAGGAAAAGUUGCUGCUGAAAGAGCAACUUGAGCAGAAAGUAGAGGAGUUACAGACAAUAAAAUCUAGAGAAGCAGAGAGCUUAAAGGACUAUGAACAACUCAAGAGCAGGCUUGAGGUCCAGCUCCAAAGUUCCAGGGAGGAAAUCCAGAUCUUAAAAGAUAAAAUUACAGAGGCCUCCAGAGAAGCUUUGAGCUCCAAGGGCCUUUUGUCCUCUGAGAGGGAUAGGUCCAUGAAGCUUGAAGAGAGCACGAAAGAUCUGGAGAGAGAAGCGGCAGAGCUAAAAAUAAAGACACACAACUGUGAAGAAGAAAAUCGGUGUCUGGAGAGAACAUGCGACGAUCUGAACAGAGAAUUGCAGGAGAAAAACAAGAAGAUGGAGGAAUCGUUGAAGGAACUGGAUUCACUGGCAAAGGAAGUCAGUGAGCUGCACGGGAAAUAUGACAAUCUGAAUGCCGAACUCGAGGAGACAAACAAACGACACCAGGAGAUUGUUUCUAUUUACAGAACUCACCUGCUCAACGCUGCUCAGGGCUUAAUGGAUGAAGAUGUCCAUCUUACAUUGCAUUGGAUACUGAAGAUGCAAAGUGAUGUUGUUUACUAAAUUGAGUUGGUGGCCAAGGAUAUAAAAUGGGACAUGUGCCUAAAACUGAAAGCUGUAUUAAUGGGAGAUAUGCCCAGUACUAAACAAAUGCUGCAUUUGGUGCCAAUUUAAAUGUGUGGAAAAAAAAAGUCAUUAAAAAAAAAAAAGGAGAGAAACACGUUACCCUAUCCGAAUAAGCCCUAAAAUAGGACAGAAUCCCAUUACUUACACCUUUCAUGGCCAAUAGACUGAGAAACUACUGUCUCCAUUGCCAGUCAAACACAGGCAUUAUUUCGCUUAUUCGGUAAUAUUAUAUUUAUUAACUAAGUGGAAUGUUGAGUUAAAUCAAACUGAAUUUGUCUAAACAUGAAGUUUAAAGUGCAUUGUUGCAGGUGCUGUCAAAAUGCCAAAAAUGCGUUUUACAUUAACAGGGAGUGUGAAAUAUGUAACCGUAGCUGAAUAAUAAAAUAAGAAUUUUAAUGCAACUUCCAGAUCACUAGCUAAAAAUAGAAUUUCUAUUUUAUGUUAUUUUAGAACGCACCUGGAGACUAAACGUAGGCCUCAGUGAUGUCAUCAUUCUGUGACAAAAAGCAAUAUAAUUGUUAUGUCUUCACUGUGUCCCAGGGAAUGUGACAAUACCACGAGCGAUUUUAAUAGUUUUGUAUA